AUGUCAUGCUUCCCUUCAGUGCCCCAUCUAAUACAGUGCUGGUCGUUCCGUCCGGCACGUACAGGAAAUGUCGGCAAAGCGACGGGAAGCAGCGUCCCGCUGCCGCACGAAGCCGAGUCGUGCGUCGUGCCCGUGGACUGCGGCGUGUCCCCGUGGUCUCCGUGGCACCUGGAGCGCGAGGGCUGCCAGCUGGACAGCGGAGAAACCUGGCACGGCGGCCAGCGGCUGAGACGCCGCAUGCGUUACGUUCAGCAACUGCCGUACGGCGCUGGAAGACCCUGUCCUCCCUUAGUCGAGACGGCACUCCAGCAAGAUCGGCUGCCGCUGUGUUCUAGUUUCAGCUGGGCAACGUCCGAGUGGAAUGCCUGCGUUCCGGUGCCUGGCACACCCUGCAAUGGCGGCACGCGACAGAGGAACGUCACAUGCGUCAGGACCAAAGACUGGACACCAGUGUCAAGUCAGCUGUGCUCCCCGCAACCCAGACCGCCAGUGCAAGAAGAGUGUCGAGUGCCGUGCCCUAUAGACUGCCAAGUGUCCCAUUGGUCACCCUGGGGCCAAUGCCUGCCCCUCAUUCGCGGAUCACCGUUUCCUGCCCCGGAAGAAGGUUACCGAGUCCGUACACGCACAGUGCUCACGGCGCCCUCGCGCGGAGGUCGCGAUUGCCCGCAUCUGAAGGAGGUCGAGAGCUGCGAUCGCGCUGUGCUGUCUCACUGGGAGCCCCAGCCCUGGGGGCCCUGCAAGCCUCUUUCCGGUGGAAACUGCGGUGACGGCAUUCAGAUGCGUGACGCAAGUUGCGUUUUCUUCGACGGGACAGUGGUCGACGACGCGCACUGCAUCAUCUACGAGUCACCGAUAAUGAAGGAACGCGAGUGCACCGUCCCGUGUGCCGACGACUGUGUGCUGUCCGACUGGUCGCCCUGGUCCCCCUGCUCCUCGCCGUGUGCCGAGCGGAUGGACUACGGCAUCCAGUCGCGAAACCGGUCGAUACUCGGACAUGCUGGAAAAGGCGGUGCCUCGUGCCCUGCCAAGUCGGACUUGCGGGAGGUGGACGACUGUAACAUGGUGCGCUGCUUCGGCAUGCACUGGAAGACCGGCCCCUGGAAAAAGUGCGUUGCGGAGAACGUCACCAGUGGCUGUGGCCGCGGAAGACAGAACCGCACCGUCAACUGCUUCUUCAAAGGAAACGUCUCUGACAAGAAGUGCGCUCCGCUUAAGAAGCCAGCCAAUUCUCAGCCCUGCCACAUACCCUGUCCAGUUGAUUGUCAAGUGACCAAUUUCUCUGACUGGAGACUAUGCAAAGACUGUGGUGAUGGGGCUGAGCCUGUGCUGGUGCGCGAGCGGUUCGUGCUUCGGCGUGAGACUCCGGGAGGUCAACCGUGCCCUUGGCAGAGCCUUCGCGAAGUGAGGCUCUGUCACUCUACCGACGGUGAGCCCUGGUGCCUGCUGGGACGCAACUCGCAGCAGGGUCGGGGUCCCUACCGCUGGAGCACGUCGCCAUGGUCACAGUGCGUCUUUGCUCCGGACGCCCGUUGCGGAAGCGGACACCAAGUGCGCAAUGUGACGUGCGUGGACUCUAACAACAUUCCCGUGGAACCAGCGUUGUGCAUCAACCUGACCAGCGUGGUGGUUAGCUCGCGUGCGCCGGUACUCUCGGCACCCCCUGCGCACCGGGCAUGCCGCGUUCGCUGCCACGACCAGUGUGCGGUGUCAGAAUGGUCGCCGUGGUCACCGUGCCCUCAGGGGGACAACACUAACGCCUGUGACAAAGACGCUGUCAGCCGCAGAACUCGACAGUUCAUUGGUGUGUCGAGCCCAAAUUGCCUUGUGAGUCUCUCCGAAGAACAACCAUGUCCACCGAGGCAAACUGUGAAAGUGAUAAACGCACCUUGGAGUGACUGCAUCCUCCAUGGAGAGGCAUCGUGCGGCACUGGCUUUCGUUUGCGAAUGACGUCGGCAAGCGCACACGCAUGCGGAUCUACGGGCUUCGAGAAUGUUACCUGCAAGGAGGCCUGUCCCGUAGACUGCGUCAUGGGCGAGUGGUCCCCGUGGUCGCGAUGCGAUGCCGUUUGCGGAGGAGGCACCCGCACGCGCACUCGCAGGGUUGUCCGCUGGCACCAGCACGGAGGAAGACCCUGCCCUGUCGCUGCUCCGAACGACAUGGAAAUUCAAACCGGCACAUGCCUCAUGGACUGCGGGCGCAAUAUCUGGCUCCCAUCGGGUUGGACCCGUUGCCGACCCUUGAACAUGAGCAAGAAGCUCCCGUGUGGCGUUGAAGGAGUAAGGACAAGAUCAAUUCUGUGCAUGUCUGUACUCAACGGUGACCCUUACGAAGAACUGGCCGAAGAGGAAUGCGAUCCACUGCGGAAGCCUCACGACAACGAAGUGUGCAAAUUGCACUGUCCGGGAGAGUGCGUGGUCUCCGAGUGGUCCGAAUGGUCAUCGUGUUUGGACCCCACGACGGGAGCUAAUAUCACCGAGCGAAACCGCACUCGCCGGGUUCUUCGAUCACCGAAGCACGGCAGGCACUGUCCGUACCGUCUCGUGGAGACGGACGUCUGUUUGAAGCACCACUGGGAACUGGGAGCGCAAGGUUCUUGUAUCGUCAGCGACGGUUCUCCUUGUGGCGGUGGUGUGUCCAAAAUGCCACUUUACUGCGUCAGGGACUCGGAUGGUUUGCGUGUGGACUACAAUUAUUGCGAUCCGAAAACUAAGCCAUCAACAAAACAUUUAGAGACAGCUUGCAACGUAUCCUGUCCCAUCGACUGCAAGGUCUCAGACUGGUCAGAAUGGGAUCAAACGGAAUGUGAGCCCUGUGGAACUUUCGGAGCGCAGGUCAGACACCGCGAGGUGAUUCAAAAUGCUACCGACAGUGGAAGACCCUGUCCAAGAAGUCUCACCCAAAGAAAGCCUUGUACUUUCACUCCCUGCUACUACUGGUCAACAGGUGGAUGGUCUCAAUGCGAACUUCAUGGAGCAGACUGUGGAUUCGGCGUCCGCAAACGUGACGUAGCAUGUCGUCGAUCUGAUGGUGUGUUGGUAGACAACAGCUUCUGCCACCUUGCCAACUUCACCUCCUAUGCAGGAGGCCUUCUCGGCCUCGACUGGCUCGUCGUUGGAAAUGAUGUUCAGACAGAAGAAGAGUGCUACGUCCCGUGCCCGCAAGGUUGUUCUUUGUUUCCUUGGUCCGACUGGUCACCGUGCAACAGAAACUGCGACACCGGCGAAAUUCUGGGUCAGACGUCGCGCUCUCGAGCUGUCAUGGUUCCUUCGAAGACUGGCGACAGCCGCUACUGCCCCAUGGAAAUGGUUCAGACAAGGCCUUGCUGGGACGGAGUGUGCCUGACGUACUCGUGGAGAGUCGUAAAUGGAACGUUGCAGUGUUCUCGAUCCGAUGGCCUAAUCGUCGAAGGCGCGGGAUGCACGGGCCGCCCUCGCCCCUGCGUGCCGGGCUGCCCCGCCGGGGCGCGCUGCGAUCCCCUGACGGGCCAGUGCUCCUGCCUGCGCGGAACGGUGCCAGUGUUUGUCGGGCCCGAGGACGGCGCGUCGCUCCCGCCUCAACAGCAGCCGCAGCGUGAGACCGAGUCCUUGCCUUCGGCGGCAACCGGUGGCGCCAGUGGUGGCGGUGGUGGCGGCGGCGGUGUUGUCGUCCUCGGUGGUGGUGGUGCCUCCUCUUCGGCCGGUACUGGAGCCGCUGGUGGAAGCACGCUGCUGGCACGCUGCGAACCCAUCCGCGCCACGAUGGACGGCGCGGGACACGCCGCCGACAACCACACGGCCGCCGCGGCCGGGGACAUCCUGCUCAAGUACUACCCGGACGACAAUGAAUACAGCUUCUGGAUGUACGCCAUGAUCUCAGUGGGUUCUGCCUUCGUGAUAUUCGUCGCUGUCACCGUCUACCUGAUGUGCCAUUCCUCCAUGCGCCAGCGGCUGAAGAUGAGCUACUCGUUCAGCUCACGACACCGGUCCAACUCUUCAGCCGCCAGCACCAGCAUGGUGGCCAGGAGCAAUGCCUGCUGCGCCUACGAACCGGCGCCCACAUCUUCGUCUUGCACGGCGGUGUCCACCACGCAGCUGUACUGACAAAGCGCCAAGGGCAGUGCACCCCGCUGCUCAGCCUGUGUCGCCAGCCACACCGCCGAGGCUGCGGCGAAGGCCCUUGGAAACACGUAACCGAUCCCAGAGGCGCAAUGUAUCCUCAUAUAGGCGUUAUGUCUGGCAAGCCAUACAUGGCUGAAAGCGUCGCUGAGACGGGAAGACUGCCGUAAGAAACCCGGUUCAUGUUCUUUCGCCGUGUUACGCAAUUGCAAGCGUUCCAGAGGAAGCAACCUUGUGGUGACCCAAAUCGGCGGCCCGUUCUCGACAGUCGGAGACUCGCGGAGUUUCCUACAAGCUUCUAAUACACCUCUUUCGACACCACUUCGCGCAAGACUGCGUCAACUUCACCACGUGGUGACAAGUGCUACGCUCGUCAGAACUAUCCGCUGUGCUCGCCUACUUACAGAUAACUAACGACGACUGCUGCCCUCUGAAAGGAGUCAACCUUACCCUUAAGACCAGCGCUGGCGAAUGAGCAAGUAGUGUGUAAGUGCUGCUCCCGCGGUUCGCGCAGUUCGUGAUGACUUCAAUGCAUCGACGCACAAUUACUGCUUCUGCGAGAGACAGUGGGACGGUUGUGGUAGUAGCGCGCCCGGUGACUGGCAGAAUCGUACCACCUCCAAGAAUAAACGUUUCCAUAGUUGGUGGUUACAACUGGUGCGAUUUCUAUAAUCGGAAACCCCGGUACGUGUGCCGUGUUGGGCGAGCUUUGGCCCGGAUUCGUACUCUUGUGAUUGCCCUGUGACUGCGCCGUGUCUCACGUGCAAGCAUGCUCUUGUCGCAUUAGCGAAAAGGACCCAAAUGUCAUUCAACGCCUGUACCCUGUUUCUGAUGCGCCGCACGAAAGGCUGGCAACACACUGUUGAGUCAUUGCGUUUCUUUGUGCAUGCUUAAUAAGGUUAAGAGACUUCAACUUCAUGUUGCCUCGUCUUUUUCCCAAGAGCACCUGAGAACUUCAACACAAUUUGUGCUACUAGCACAGCAUAGCAGAUCACAGUAGCAAAAUCGCUUCAGGAAAACUUAUUGAUAUUGAGAUUGCGUCUCAAAAUUAAAAGAUAUGGCAAAGAAUCUCUAUGUCUCACAGCCUUUGUCGCUGUUUAUCACGAAUAAGGUCACAUUACACACGCAAAUGUUACUUUGUAUUGGUCAAAACAUUACCUGUUCGAACAGUUGAGCAAGCAGGAAGAACUUUUGGAAACAUAUUCACCCAAAGGGGUAGGGGGGGGGGGGGGUCGAUUUUUGUCGGUGUUAUAUCAAAUCAAUGGUCCUUCACCUGCACCUUAUGGUGUUUUAAUACCUGCAUAUUCUUAUACUUGUAUGGCACAAGCAGAGUGUUGUGCAUGCAUACCACGUGACACGGCCCCCGAUCAGUUCAUUCGAUACAUUGCAGGUAUGAACCAUAAGCAGAUUUCACAGUAGGACAAUGGAUACUGCUAUAGUGGUGCAACGUCUACGUUUGUUAUUCCUGAAGAGUGCUCUUCAUGUUCCAGUUACCUUUUUGUGUGUUUGUGUGGUGCGCACAGUGAUUGGGCAAAGAGAUAAUUAUUGGGAAAAUAAGGUUUCUUUAAUUUAGGCAUUAUCAGACGGUCAGUAGAAGUUCUGUCAAACCUUGCAGACAGCUCGUCGCACGCUAAAAUUCUGCUAAAAAAUUGUAUGCCGCGAACCUCCUACGUCAAUUGCCAAAGACAGAUCACGGCGGAUCUCCAAACUGUCGUUUUUCUACACUGAAAGCUCUUUCAUCUAUUUUUGGCCUCUAGCCUCAUCAUCCGCGAAGGUGACGAAGAAGAGUCUAUCGUGCCAUGGACACCUCAAUGUGUCUGUUUAGUUACUCAUCUAGCUAGAACCUCGCUAACCAACCAUUGUUGUUGUCACAUACGUGUACAUUCCACAGAGACAAUUUUCGCGUGGCUGCAUGAAUGCUGCAUGCGUUCAGCGCUUCUAUCAAUUCGUGGGCGCUGCUGUCGAAACCGACUUUAUCUCUCUCGUUGUGAUAAAAAAGAUUUUUUUUCAAUAAAAUGUACCUUACCUGAA